CGUUCGUUUUCACAGAGACAGAGGUUACUUCUCUCUCUCUCUCUCUCUCUCUCUCUCUGUAGACGUGCUUCCAUUUCUUCUGAUCUCUGCUGUAACCCCGAAGCCCACUGCAUUCACAUCUGGGUUUCUGUUUUCAGUACAAAUUUGAGUCCGUUUUUAUUUUCUUCCUUGCAGUUUCAUUCUCUGAGAAUGGCGGCAACUGCUUCUUCUGCUAUGCACAUCACUGCUGCAAGGCCCUCCAUUUCUUCCACAUGCAGAAUUUUCAAGGCUGGUGUAGCAAGUGUUGGUGCUCAUAACAAAGGGACAUCAUGGGCUAAGCUUGCUAGCACUUGUCAUAUAUCAUCUGUACAAAGUUUUCGUCGCAAUUUUAUGUCUUCUCCUGCUAAAUUUGAGAAGUUUCCUGCAAAAGCUAUGUCUGGAUCUGGUGAGAACAAGCCUUCGUCCGGGUUGCCAAUCGAUUUGAAAGGUAAAAGGGCAUUUAUCGCUGGUAUAGCUGAUGACAACGGAUACGGCUGGGCUAUUGCAAAAUCUCUCGCUGCUGCAGGUGCUGAAAUCCUAGUUGGCACCUGGGUUCCUGCUUUAAACAUGUUUGAGACCAGCUUACGACGUGGGAAGUUUGAUGAAUCACGGGUGUUACCUGAUGGUUCUUUGAUGAAGAUUACAAAAGUAUAUGCUCUGGAUGCAGUCUUUGACAAUCCUGAAGAUGUACCUGAAGAUAUAAAAGCAAAUAAGCGGUAUGCAGGAUCAUCUAAUUGGACUGUUCAGGAAGUUGCAGAAUGUGUGAAACAGGAUUUUGGAAGCAUUGACAUUCUGGUGCACUCACUUGCAAAUGGGCCAGAGGUCACUAAACCUCUGUUGGAGACAUCCAGGAAGGGAUAUCUGGCAGCAAUAUCUGCAUCAAGUUAUUCCUAUCUAUCUCUGCUGAAACAUUUUAUUCCAAUCAUGAACCCAGGUGGUUCCUCAGUUUCUCUAACAUACAUUGCUUCUGAAAGGAUCAUUCCAGGAUAUGGAGGAGGUAUGAGUUCAGCCAAAGCAGCACUGGAGAGUGAUACGAGAAUGCUUGCUUUUGAAGCGGGAAGAAAGCAUAAAAUUAGGGUCAAUGCAAUAUCUGCCGGUCCAUUGAGGAGCCGUGCUGCAAGAGCCAUCGGAUUCAUUGAUACAAUGAUUGAAUACUCAAUAGCCAAUGCCCCCCUGCAAAAAGAACUAUCUGCAGAUGAGGUGGGGAACACUGCUGCCUUCCUGGCAUCUCCGUUGGCUUCUGCCAUAACUGGUGCUGUCAUAUUUGUUGACAAUGGUCUGAAUGCAAUGGGUAUGGCAGUCGAUAGUCCUAUAAUAAAAACCCUCGACAUUCCAACGGACAAGCAUUAGAGGUAACAGCAUUGGCGUCUUUAGGUAGGUAGGUUGAAACAAAAUGGUCAUCGCCGAGAAUGGUUUGGCCAGCAGGCCCCCAUUUUUUCCUGAGAGCAUCUGUUCCUUUGUUAGAGACAUCAUCUUUACUUAAUUUGAUCAGAUUGCGGAAAUAGAUAUUUCUGUAUGGUUUUCCUUUAUGUGCUCUUUAUGUGAUUCGAAAUAAUGAACUUCCAACUGGAUAAAAGUAACUGAGAGUGCAGGAAUUCAGUAA